AUGGGGCAAAAGGCAGCAAAAAGAAAGGGAAAAGACAAAGUAAAAUCGACCAUGGAGGAUCUAACAAUAAACUAUAACAAUAUUAUCACAAAGUUCACUGAGUACACAAGCGUGAAGAAGUCCGAAGUCGAUUUGAAACAAAAACAACUUGAAGUAGAAGAGAUUAAGACAAAAGCUGCAUUGUCCAAAUCUGAAGCUAAGAAUCGUCGCUUGAAGUUGAAGGACUCUAGCUCAAGUUCCAGCUCGAUAAGCGAAGACGAAGUCCAUGUUGAAAUCGAUGAGCAAGCUUAUGAUUCAGGUGAAGAACUGAUGUUAUUGGUUCUUCAACAACACAAACAACUUAUGGAAGCAUAUCAGAGGAGGGACACGUGCAGAAGAAGGUUCGUCCAAAGAAAUCGUGAAGUCGGGCAUGAGAGACUCGUCAAUGAUUAUUUCUCUAUAACCCCGGUGUAUCACGAUGAAAUAUUUCGAAGACGAUUUCGAAUGCGAAGAGAGUUAUUCCUCCGCAUAGUGAAUGCAUUAGAGAAUCAUUCAGCAUUUUUUCAACAAAGGGACGAUGUUGUACGAAGAAAAGGGUUGUCAUCACUACAAAAAUGCACCGCUACGAUUCGUCAACUGGCUUACGGAGUCCCCGCCGAUCAUCUUGACGAGUACCUACGUAUGGGUGAAUCAACUACUAUCAGGUACUUGAGAAUGCCAAAUGCUGAUGAUGUUCAACGUCUUCUUCAAAUGCAUGAUGAGAGACAUGACUUUCCUGGCAUGUUAGGUAGCCUUGAUUGUAUGCACUGGAAAUGGAAAAAUUGUCCAGUUGCUUGGAAAGGAAAUAUGCCGGAGAUUAAUUUCACGGUGAACGACACUGCAUAUACGAAGAACUAUUAUCUAACAGAUGGAAUAUAUCUCGAGUGGGCUACUUUUGUUAAGGCUUUUCCUUGCCCGGAGGAUCCCAAGAGGAAGUUGUUUAAGGAAAGACAGAAGUCUGCAAGAAAAAAUGCUGAACAGGCAUUUGGGGUGCUCUAA